AUGGCAGCAUUUAUCGGAGAAAGGGUCGGAAUAAGAGAUAUUUCACGAGACGUUUCGGUACCACAGAAUCCAAAAGCCAAACUGAUGUACUACCUCAACUGUGUGGCCACGGUUAUUCAGCUAGACGAUCCUGCUUUGAGCAGGUUAAAGAACUACCAGAGUUACUAUUCGCUGAGCGAGGAAGAAACCGACGCUCUAUUGGCACUGGUAAUUCUCCUCAGCCCAGAUGAGCUGAUAGGCAAGGUGUUUUUCCCGAAUGAAGACUGUGGGGGACGUACUAACCAAUUCUAUGAGCUGAGUGCAGUGUCGCACAUGCUGGCAGUUGCAGAUAACAUCGUCAUUGGAGGAGAAAGGAAGAGAGUUGGCAAAAUAAUGUUCUUUAAGAGAUCAUGGAUGGAAAACAACUACCUUACACCCAUCAGAUCCUUCCAAGAUCGACUGCAAAGGAUGGCGCGAGGGCUGCCAGGAAGAGCACCCACUCCGCGUAGAGCCCCACCUCCGUCCAGGCCCCGCGCUACGUCGUCAAGCAGUUCUUGCAGUAUUUCGUAACUUUUUCAAAGAAGUUUCGUGUGCAACUCCUUUAAAUUUUUUUGAAGUAUUCACUGCUGAACUAGUUUAGGCUAUAUGCGUUUAGUGACUCUAAGGAAGCUUUCGAUUUGUCAGAACUGACCGGCCAGACCAUUCCCGUUGCCAUGAUAAUUUCCUUUCAAUAAAAACUCUUCAGCCAGAUCAUUCAAAUCCUAAAUAUUAUGCACGAAGGAGAUGGUUUUUCAGCGAAAACUCUUCGCAAAAGCCUAUUUCAUUUGCAAACUGUCUGGUCGGGCAUUGGCCCGCCCGGCCAGUUCUGACAAAUGGAAAACGCCCUAAGUAGACUAAAUGUUAAGUCACGCUAUCACCCUGUUUCCAUGAAGGUGGGGACCUCAGGUAGGUGAGGUAACAUGUAGCGGGUCAUCCCACCCAGAGAGAAUAUUUUUACAAUAACUUAGCGAGUCUUCGCGCGCUGAUUGGUCGAGAGAUAUGGUCCAUGGAAGUAUAGACCAUGGAAAUGACGUGACAUGUCACGCAGUGCUGAUUAUUUUGUUUUUGGUUUUUCGUAAAAAAAACAACAACAACAACAACAAAUGUUAUUGUAAAAAACAAAUCGACCACAAUUUUCCAUGGUCCACACUCUUAUCACUUGAGUACAUUUUGUGAUGUCAUUUCUAUGGUCUAUAAGAGUGUAGACCAUGGAAAAUUGAUGCGAUUUGUUAAAUAGACAGGCGGGUUACUCUUUUUCUUCGAGGGUGAUUUUGAUGGGGAUCUUGACCGUUUUUUUCGGGACGAACUUUUCUUCACGGGCGUCCCACUCCGUGACCUAGAUCGUUUCCGUCUCUGUUUGGUACCUGGCGACCUGCUUCGGGAUCUGGAUCUUCCACGCCCACGGGAUGAGCUUCGACUUCGGGAUCGUGAUCAUCUUGAACUCGAAGGUGAAGGUGUACGUGAAUCGUAAUGCUUAAGGGACUGUGGAAAGAAACAGAAUGUAAUUAAUGGAUUUGAUCAAAUUGAUGGGGUUGUCUCGCGUUUGCUUCUUUAUUUUGUGAAUAAAGCCACUUAUGUGCCUUUACAGAUUCGUGAAAAAAAAAAGAUGUCGCCCAAGUAGCAUAUCAAACGUUACAAACAAUAAAUAUAUACUUUAAAAAACUGUUAGGCUAACAAGUUUUCAAAACGCACAAGAAGACGAGAGAAACAAUUUUAAGCCAGACUACCGUAAGUAACGUCGCCAAUGGCGAUCUUGAUCUACUCCAUAAGGGUGACCGUGAAUUCGAGCGGCUGUCCGACCGAGAACGGCGACUACGUUUUUUGGACGAAGGUUAUUUGGAACGACUGCGUGACUUCUUCCGCUUGGAAUCCGUGGGUGAGGAAGUGUGGCUACUGUUUUCUUUUACAAACGAGAAGUCCUGGGGACGAGCUUACGUUCCUGCGCUAGCUCAAUUAUUUUUGUAAAGCUGAAGAAAAUUGCAAAAACUUUUCAACGGAAGAUAACUUCUUAAAGCUGGGCUUUCGUAUGAUCUGAAAAAUUAUACAAAUAUUUUUUCUCUUAGCCGGUCAGAGCCUAAAGAACUCUAACCUCGACUUGAGGUUUUCUAGUUACUCUUUCACUUUGCUGAUCACUUCCGCUAACACUUCCGUGUUUACUACAUUGCUGGUUCACUAUGUUGAAGAGCGUCUAAGAUUUUCCUUCACUGACAUCUUCACGCGUUCUUGACGGUAUGAACACUUUAAUUUCUUACCGAUGAGAGUGUAAUUAGCUCUCAAUCCUUAACUGAACUUUUAUGUAAUUAAUGAUGUAAAUUUAGCUGCUGAAAUGUCUUGAAACCGUGCGGAAAUGUCCUCUUGACAAAGCGGGGUCUAUGCAAAAUUCAGCUGAUUCUCGAAUUAUUGGCGAUCAGAGCAUCUUGCAUUUUCCCAUCGGGGUCUCCGGAAGUGGAAAUAUCCUCGAAUCACGAACUUGUCAAUUAACUUUUUUCUAAGGUUGACCAAUAAAUCAGCCUUCUUUCAGGCCACAGUGCCCAAGAGGGUUAUUGAGCCUGAUCAGCCGAAGGAAAACGCACUGUAGGGAGUGAAAACGCGGAACAUUUGUCUCAUAAACUCUGUUCCGAUCAAAGCUACUUAAGGCUCUGCAGUUAUCUUUCUAUCCUCACUGGUUGGAUUUUUGGUGUUGUUUAUUGGAGCCAGUGUAUUUGAUUUCCGGAUUUUUCAGACUGGGAUGUGGUCCCCGCCUGUGCCUUGGAGUCGUGCAACCAUAAGCUACCUAGACCAUCACUGUUGCGCAAAUUAGCUAUAUUGACUGUCCUGAUCAUGUUUCCCACAGCCUAGGAAUUGAAGCUGUUAAAUAAAACUGCAACAGAUGUACUAAUCAAUACGCUAAAACCGAAUUUUCUCAAGGUUGAGUAAGUGUUUUGUUUCUUUUAUGAGGCUACCAGAGGAUUCAUUCCGCCAUUGGCUCGCGAAUCGUCGGUGACAGAUUAUACUUUAAAUACAUUUCCUAGGAAGGUUUUGCGAACAGAUAGGAAAGAGCUCCUUCCUUUAAUUCAUUUCAAUGAUUCCUAUGAUUUCCAUCUCUCCCCCGAUAUAUAAGUAAGCCCGCCGAUACAAAUUCGUAGUUGACUGAAUAAUUUUGACUAAAUUAUCUGUUGAUCGAUCUAUCGAUCGAUUGAUUAAUAAUGUGAUUAUUAAUAAAUCAAGAUUUGAAGGGCAGACUGAUGCGAUCUUUAGUCAAGCAGUAAACACGGUGACGUAAAAAUACAAUCAAUUACAAUGACUGAAUCUCGUGAUGAAAUUUAUGCAGAAAUGAUGCGUUUACAAGAGCAAUCUAUGGCAUUAAAGUUUAUCAUUCUGGGCCCAGUUGUUCGAAGGCCGAUUCAGUAGCGCUAACCCAGGGUUAAAUUUUAACUCGAGUUUCUUUUUCUUUUGCCAAAAGCAUUUUCCCGGAUAAUUUUCUCUCUUUUUUUUAGAGGAACCAAUCAUCAAAUUGUAGGCAAAAAGAAUAAAACUGAAUCUGCUUCUCAAGCUUUCAUAUCUAAAAUCAAAUUUCGCACUUACCCUGGGUAAUUUAACCCUGCUUUGAACAACCUACCCUGGGUGCCAGAGGCUUUUCAUGGACGGUUUCCGGUUUCGGUCAGCCUUAAAAACUGAACUGCAACCCGGCCCUGGACCGAUAUCUGCAGUCGUUCCUCAGACGUAUUUUCGCGGGGAAUCCAGCUGUGCCGUCGCGUAUUAUCAGCUGUUUUCUUAGGCUCGGUUCCCUGUACGGCGUUUUCCCAAUUCCUCUCAGUCAAUUCACUUCGGGGACGCAUUCGAACGCUUUGGCCGCCCGAAAUAAUGAGGCCUAGGGACUAGGCAAGGUUUAUCGUAGAGUUGGCAUAACAGACGGUGUCCACCUCGCGUGUGAAAUACGCGAAAAAAAAAAAAAGAAAAAGAAAAAAGAGAGACUUAAAUUGUCUUUAUGUCAAUGGAACAUCAUCGUUGACUGCACCUGUACUGCCUGUAUUGUUUUGUCAUAGCAGUUCGCACAAACCAGGAGCCCAUGAUGGGCUCCUGCACAAACCUAUUAAAGAGAUCUAGUAAAAGGCGCUGCCAUUUAAAUUCGUCACAGUCAAUGAAAUCACGGCUAACUCUCGGAAUUAAUCAGAACCAAGAAAAUAAAACAAGAACAGAGUUCAGGAGCGUAGCGUCCAUAUACGCACAUACGCCCCCGUACGAACAUAGACUAGAGACGAGUAAAAUAAACAACUAACCAAUGCAUUUUCCUACGUAUUAGAGUGAUUUGCUUUACCCGUGAAGCAGAUGACUUCUGUCUAUUGCAAAACAGCUACAAGUAGACAAAAAAAGGAAAUGGAAUUGGUGCUUAGCGCGUAGUAUUCUACUGCCUGUUUCACGGGUUAAGUAAAAUCACUCUAAUGUGCUGAAAAUCCUGUGGAAAACGCUGGUAAUGGCAUUUCCGAGACCCUAGAUUUAAAACCGUUCUGGGGGAGCAUGCCCCCUGCAGACCCCCCCUAGAUUAUCGGCCUUCGGCGUAACAACUCUUCUUCCCCGCGUGCGCGUGCACCUUCAAUUUAAAGUCUCACGUUACGCCUCUGUUCAUACCAUCAACUUUAGUUUGACUAAUGGUCGUGGGUUGCGGGUGUCAAUUGACGAUGCACAACUUCCCGUUUGAAUCUGAAGGCGACUCCGAUACAGGUUGUCAAUUCACUCACCCUGACGAUUAUAUUUCCUUGACAAACAUCAUUUACAAAUAACAAAAUUUCGAUUUCAGUUUUUCUCUAAAACUGAACAACAAAUAUCUCUUUUUUUCAGACUGUAGUUGAUCAAAUCGCAUCGGAAAAUGGCAGCAUUCGUCGGAGAAAGAGUUCGCAUCAGAGAUACUUCAGUAAGCGUUUCGGUACCACAGAAUCCAAAAGCCAAAUUGAUGUACUACCUCAACUGUGUGGCCACGGUUAUUCAGCUAGACGAUCCUGCUUUGAGCAGGUUAAGGAACUACCAGAGUUACUAUUUGCUGAGCGAUCAAGAAACCGACGCUCUGUUGGCACUCGUAAUACUCCUCAGCCCAGAUGAGCUGAUAGGCAAGGUGUUUUUCCCGAAUGAAGACUGUGGGGGACGUAAUAACCAAUUCUAUGAGCUGAGUGCAGUGUCGCACAUGCUGGCAGUUGCAGAUAACAUCGUCAUUGGAGGAGAAAGGAAGAGAGUUGGCAAAAUAAUG